AUGUUUUACGCAAGGAAAGAAAGCGAGGAAACACAAGUGAGCACCCAAGGUAGACGAUUGGAAGGAAACCGUGUUUAUUGGCACUGCACAGUAGAUACCAGUACAACUUGUGUUCCAUGUCUUGCAUCAACUUUCACAGAUGAACCCAAUGGACUCACCAAGUGUUUUCCAUGUACUGUGUGUGCUACAGUUAAGGGACUAAAAGUCCAAAAGUCCUGCAUGCGAUUUGGAGAUACACUAUGCGAGCCACAGGAAGGUUUCCAUUGCAUUAAACAAAAAAAAGGCUCCUGUGAAUUGGCAGUGGAGCACUCUAAAUGUCAACCCGGUCAAUAUAUUGAAAACACUGGAACAGCUUUAAGUGAUACAGUAUGUGUUGAUUGUACAGAUGGAUCUUACUCAAAUGGCUCUGUAAUGUCCUGCUUACCACAUUCAAAAUGUGAGAUGAUGGGAUUUAAAGAAAAAAAAGCAGGAACAACAUCAUCUGAUGCUGAAUGUGAGAAAGUGACAUCAGUUGGACUUGUAGUGUUAGUCACGAUUGCAGUGGUUCUGGUAGUGGCUGGUACUGUGGCAGCAUUGUUAGCCUGCAUCAAAUACAGAAAAUGUAACCCACAGCACUCUAACAAAGAUGUUGAAUACAAAUCAAAACAACCAUCGGAGGAUGAUGAAACAGCCCAUUUCACUUCAACGAACCAGCAACAGAUCUCUGUGCCUGUGGACAUUUUGGAAUCUGCCCCACACUCUCUAUAAAGACAUCCAGUAGCUGUUCCACAACAUAUAAACUAAAAGGAGAAACCAGUAUUAGUAACAGAGUUGUCACAAUGGAUGCAGGCUUAUAAAACAGUAAACCAUGUUUACCCUAACAAUCAAUGAUCAAAUAUUAUUUCUCAUUUUCUUUCAUGUGAAAAAGUUUUUGCGUUUUUCUGUUGUGUUGAGGCGUGCAAUUAAUUAUUAAUAAACUGUGGUUAAAUUAGCCAGUUUCUACAGUGUUAAAUGUUGAUUUGUUAUUGUUUCUAAAACAUGCAAUAAAAUAAAAAUGCUA